AUGCUUUCUACUAGCACCAAGGCAUGCAGGCGAUUAGAAGGUACGGGAAGACCUCUAGGUGACCGACCGUCAUGCAGCAUCACCAAGUCAAACGCCGGCCAUCGACAUCGACGCGCCUCCAUCAAAUGCACCGCGGCCAUGUCGAGGGCGGGUGCGGGUGCAUCGCCCCUUGGCUGGUAA